AUGGCUUCAAAGCAUGGCAGGUUUGUGAUCUCUCACCGCGACCCUAGCAAAUUCAAGUACUCACUCGCGCACAAAUACUUGGACGCGCCCGGCGAUAUUGAAAACCAGUAUCCAUUUGGCCUACCAGACGAAGAUCCAGAGGACCAAGAACCAGAGCCAGAUUCAGAUUCAGAUCCAGAUCCAGAUCCAGAUCCAGAUCCGGACCAAGACCAAUUCAAAGACCAAGACUCACACCAAGACCGGGACAAAGACCCAAACCAAGAUCCGGACCAAAACACAGACGAACAUAAAGACGUCCCUACCACAAAAGACAUACCGCUUUCCUCAGUUGUCGUCCGCUUUAUCCGCUUUAUCAAGAUGGCUCCCGCCAGCAACGAGGAGCAGUUCAAAUUCCUAAUAAGCUGUAUCCGCUACAGCAACAAUGGGAAGGUCGAUUUCACCGAGGUCGCUAAGGAGUGCAACAUCGUCAGUAAAGGCGCCGCUGCUAAGCGUUACGAACGCAUGAUGAAGGCCAACGGCAUCCAUCAGAGCCAGAGCGGUGGCACCACCGCCUCCGGCAUCCGCGACACUCCCAUUCCCUCUCCUCGUCGCAAAACCUCUCCUUCCGCCGGCACCUGCAGCAAGAAGCGCAAACUAGACCAGUAUGCUGAGACCAACUCCAACUUCAACACCGACGACGACGAAGGCCUUGGCAAUGUCAAAGCCGAGUCCAGCAUCACGGUCAAAGCUGAACCUAUCAAAGCCGAGCCUAUCAAGGAGGAGCUCAUGGGUCAAGAAGGCACUCCGGAAUCUACAGCCCCCACUGGCGCCUUUCAGUAUCCUUCUAGUGGUGGUAUGGGCUUUGAUGGUGCCCAUGAUAGUGCUAUGUUCGACGACUUUCUCGCUUUCGGUGGGUCUAGCAGUCAUGACCAUGGAUCUCAGGCUGCGUUCCAUGGUGGAUUCGCUGACCAAAAAUUUGCUUCGAUGAGCAUGACUCCAGCCACUGGGAACGGCGACGGACAGGGGUUGCACGAGAGCAUCGUCAUCACCGACUGA